AUGGGGAUUGGAGACUUGGAUUUGUCUGGUUUCAGGUCACUGUCCUCUUGGCUUGUUUUUAUAAGUCCUUAUGUGGGAAGAUUCAAGAAGAGUUCUUUUAUUUUACUGCUAAAAUCAAUAUGUAGUUUGGGAAGGGAUACAUUUGGGUUGUUUUUAAAGAAGGAAAGAACAAUAUCAGGAGAGUGGGCCAAGGCAAUAAAAUCCAAGCUCUUAUUUAUUAAUGUUUUUCUGAGAAAUAGAAGUUUUCUCAGUUGGGCUCUUGGACUAUUUGAAAAGAAGCAAAUCACAAACUUUGGAAUAGACAGAUAA